UAGCAUAUUUGCUUAUUUCACAUGCGUCAAUGUCCAUAAGCAGAUGAGAUAUAUUACGCCCCCUUAACUAAUAGCCUGUCUGCAACCCUAAAAACAACUCCAGCAGCAACAACACUUGUAGAGCAGCUUCACAUUGUCGCUGAGAUGCAUGCAAUAGUAGUAUAAGGUGGCUAUGGAAGAGAGAAUUUAUUUGCUAGGUGGCUUCUGAGAAGUGACUCAGCUAUCUAUAUUCUUAUGAUAUAAAUGGACGAUCGAUGAUGAGAAACGCAUCAUUAAUUACUUAAAAGCUUUGUGGAGCCAGUGCAGGUUAGUUUUAAUGGAAGAAACAAAUUCUCAUCUUGAAAAUAUGGUGACCAUCCUCAGCAUAGAUGGAGGUGGAGUCAGAGGAAUUAUUCCUUCAAUCAUACUUGCUUUUCUUGAAUCUGAACUUCAGAAAUUAGAUGGCGAGCAUGCAAGAAUCGCAGACUAUUUUGACGUGGUUGCCGGAACAAGCACAGGUGGCCUGGUGACUGCCAUGCUUACCUGCCCAAAUCAACCAAAUGAGAAGGCUCGCCCACUGUUUGAUGCAAAAGAUAUCAAAGACUUCUACGUCCACGAAUGCCCUAACAUCUUCCCACAAAGCAGUUGGAAAAUUUGGCGAUAUUUCGUUAAUAAGUACAGAGCUUUAAAAGGACCCAAAUACGAUGCCAAAUAUCUGCAUAACCUCGUUAAAGCUAAACUAGGAAAUACCAGAUUGAACCAGACUUUGACUAAUGUUGUUAUUCCAACAUUUGAUAUCAGAACUCUCCAGCCUACCAUUUUCUCCAAUUUUCAGGUUAAGAAUACUCCAUCCAUAAAUGCUCUACUUGCAGAUAUAUGCAUUUCAACCACAGCUGCACCAACCUAUCUUCCACCUUAUUAUUUUCAAACCAAAUACGUCACCGGGAGACCAAGACAGUUCAACCUUAUAGAUGGUGGCGUUGCUGCAAAUAAUCCGACUUUGGUGGCUAUAGGCGAAGUGACAAAGAAACUACUUAAACAAGAGGAAAAAGAAGAAAAUAAAGCAGAUGAAAAAUUACAACACUACUUUCCAAUAAAGCCAAUGGAUUAUGGAAAAUUUCUGGUGAUAUCAUUAGGAACAGGUGCACCCAAAAAUGAAAUGAAAUACAAUGCUAAUCAGGCUGCAAAGUGGGGUAUAUUUGGUUGGUUAACAGCCAAAAGUUCAACACCUUUAGUUGAGGUAUUUACUCAUGCUAGUGAUGACAUGACAGAUUUGCAUAUUUCUGAGGUUUUUCAGGCCCUUCACUCUGAACAAAACUACCUCAGGAUUCAGGAACAUAAUUUAAGUGAAAAGGCCUCUUCUAUGGAUGAUUCCUCAGACGAGAACUUGAAUCGUCUGGUGCAAAUUGGUGAAAAUCUGUUAAAUAAACCACUUUCACGGGUCAAUUUGAAGAGUGGGAUCUUCGAACCUGCAGUUAGUGAGUGGAAAACUAAUAAAGAUGCAAUUACAAGUUUCGCCAAAAAGCUUUCCCAAGAGAGGGCACGACGUCGUUCACCACCUCACGUAAUCCCUCCAAUUUCUAAAUCAUAAUUAACUGUUACGCCAACUUCAGUUAUCUUUGUGUGUGUGUUUUGUUUGUGUUUGAAUAAGUAUCUAUCUAACUGGAUACAAUUUGUACCAGUUUCAUACUAAAAUUCUGGGGUGCGGCUCAAUUUUUGUAUUUAAGAUUUCGUCUAAUUUAUGGGAAAUACUUGUGUGAAUCUAGUUUGCCACGUAUUUCUCCUGAUUUACUCA